AUGGUUACAUCUGCAAAACCGGCCACCUAUUUAGAGGCUACUACAUUGGCAAAAUCAUUAGCCGAUGACACCGCUCGUAAAAGCAGUCUUGAUAAAAAGGAGGAAACCGGGAAGUCAUCGGGCAAGGCCAAAGCAGAUGUGAAAUCUGAAUGUUCGGGGCAUUCUGAGUCCAAGACAGAAGUUACGAAGAAGCGCAAGUCCGAGAGCUCUAGGAAGGAAACUGAGGAGAAGCGCAACAGGAAGCGCAGUUCUAAGAAGGCAUAUGCAGCAAAUUCUAGUGGUACUAGAAAGGAUGGUGCCAGAGAUAGCCGAAGCGGAUCCGAGAGAAAGGCUCUUGAAGAUGGACAGAAGAAAAGCAACCGAUGCGGACGAACUGGGCAUGUUACCCGUGAAUGCUAUGCCUGGAGUACUGUGGAAGGAUCAAGACUCGAAGGAUGUUUCCAGUGUGGAGAACAAGGACAUAUCAAGAAGGAUUGUCCCAAGACGGGAGGUCAGAAUGUCAGAGGUAGAGCGUUCGAGUUAAACGCUGGGAAAGCACGUGAUGAUCCUGCUGUAGUCACUGGUAUGUUUAUGAUUAAUAACCAUUCCGCGUUCGUACUUUUGGAUUCUGGAGCUGACUUGAGUUUUGUUUCGAAAAACUUUGAAUCAUUCAUGUGUUCACCUACAAGUAAGCUAAACAAGAAGUACUCGAUAGAACUAGCAAAUGGUAAACUGAUAGAGACUAGCAAAGUCGUACAUGACUGUAGUAUACUGUUAGGCGAUUCAUAA